AUGGUGAGCGGUGUGAUAUUUAUACUUUUGCUAAGAACAUUUGCGCUAUGGCGAUGCUUAAUUACAACAUUUUUACUAAUUCUUAGCGUCGUUAUAUGGGUAUUAUUCGAGUGUUCACGUAAAAAGCUUGAAUUAACACCAGCUGUGCCACUUGUUAAAGGACAAAAACAUUUAGAAUUGGAUGAAACGCAAAGAAGCAAAGGUUCACAAAUUACAGCUUCAAAUGUAAAAAACCCAUUAAAGCCACUUAAAAUUUCAUUACCGGAAGCUACAGAAGAAAGUGAACCUAAACCAAUAGCAGCAUCAUUAAAAUGUGGUCGAACACAAGCCUCUCAUACAAUACCAAUUUUACCUUCUGACGAUACAAUAAAACAUGUAGAAUCGUUACCGGAAAGUUCAGAAUAG